GGACGGGCGGCUCAUUGUCAGGAGGCUUGCAGUGCGAGCAGGAGGCAGAGAACGCAGGUACAGGUACAACAGCAGCAGCUGCAAGCAGCUCUUCAGCCACAGCAUCACAGAAAACACACUCUGCUACACUCAGCUGAAAGAAGAUGGAAACAGACAGAGUAAAUUUCCCAUCAGCAAGAAGUCCUCCUCUCAGAGAUGACCCAAGACAGGCCUCUCAGCACAGCUUCUACCUACGGCCACCUCCGCUCUACAUUAAGCCCCCAAAAUUCUCCCCACCCAGAUACCCCAGCACAUCACCCACCAGAGACACCUACAGUGCGUUCAGCCCACCUGCUUUCUUUCCCAUGCUUGGCCCCGGUUACGCCCAAAAGGAAGGAUCCCAAAAACGCAAAAGAACUCCUUUCAAAAUGGACGCACCAGGAGGCGUGUCUCCUGAGAGAGGAGCAGAGGAGGCAGACGAAAGAAGCAGUAAGAAGACGGUGGACCUCUCCCACAUCCCCUUCUCCCUUGCACCUCGCCCCAUUCCCUCCCCAUCUCCAUCUCCUAAGCCCAUCCCUGGCAUGAUUGAGCUAAACAGACUGCAGCUUCAUCACAGAUCACCAGGUAUGAAUCUACCUGUGCGGGUGAAACAGGAGCCUCUCAGUGCUUCCCCUGUUUGGCCUCCCUCCCCUCUCCUCCUCCACCCUCCCUGCUUCCCAUCUCUGCACCACAGCCUCUUCCCAUACCCCUUCUUCAUGCCCGGCCCUGUCAUGCACCUCUCCCCCGGUUCUUUCUACCCAAGAGAGGACCUCCACCCCAGGCAUCACGACCGUGACGGACCUCCACGCGGUGGGACAACCAGUGCUGAAAAGCUUGGUCUCAAUGUCCACGUGGAUGACAGUUACUACGUAGACGUGGGAGGAGACCAGAAGAGAUGGAAGUGUCGUAUGUGUGAGAAGUCCUACACCUCCAAGUACAACCUGGUCACGCACAUCCUGGGACACAACGGCAUCAAGCCACAUGGAUGCCACCUGUGUGGGAAGCUGUUCAAGCAGCUGAGCCACCUGCACACACACCUGCUCACACACCAGGGCAUGAGGCCCCACAAGUGCCAGGUGUGCCACAAGGCCUUCACUCAGACCAGCCACUUGAAGAGACACAUGAUGCAGCACAGUGAUGUGAAGCCAUACAGCUGCAGUGUGUGCGGCAGAGGUUUUGCUUACCCAAGCGAGCUUCGCGCCCAUGAGCUGAAGCACGAGAAAGGCCAGGAGAACGUGUGUGUGGAGUGUGGUCUGGAUUUCCCCACCCUGGCCCAACUGAAGAGGCACCUGACCGCCCAUCGUGGUCCCACCUUGUACAGGUGCGCCGAGUGCCAGAAGACUUUUCAAUACCCGAGCCAGCUUCAGAACCACAUGAUGAAACACAAAGACAUCAGACCGUACAUCUGCAGUGAGUGUGGGAUGGAGUUCAUCCAGUCACACCACCUGAAACAGCACACGCUCACUCACAAAGGGGUGAAGGAGCACAAAUGUCGCAUCUGCGGGCGUGAGUUCACCUUGUUGGCCAACAUGAAGCGCCAUGUCCUCAUCCACACCAACAUACGGGCCUACCAGUGCCACAUGUGCUUCAAGAGUUUUGUCCAAAAACAGACUCUCAAGGCUCACAUGAUUGUCCACUCGGACAUUAAGCCCUAUAAAUGCAAGCUUUGUGGGAAGGAGUUCAACAGAAUGCACAAUCUGAUGGGACACAUGCAUCUCCACUCUGACAGCAAACCCUUCAAAUGCCUUUACUGCCCGAGCAAGUUCACUCUGAAGGGAAACCUCACCAGACACAUGAAGGUCAAACACGGCGUCAUGGACAGAGGGCUGGAUGAAAGAUUGUUUAGGCAAAGAGGACGAUUCUGCCUGUCCACUCCCAUGGGCCUCCUCACCCACUUCAGCCAAGAGGAGCCGUUUGACCUUUCCCAGAAGCCCCCGGGCCUCCGUCUCUCCCAAUCUGAUGGCGAGAGCGUCCCUGGAAGCUCGUGUCAGGAGGAGGACGAGGAAAGUUUGUACAGAAGGAGCCAGUACAGCCCUGAGGUGGACCACCACGAGCUGGAGGAGAGAGGGCAGGGGUCUCCAGGUGAACUCAGGCCAGGGGAGAAGCAGAAACAGAUGUAUCAUCAUGGUUUAGAUGAACAGACAUAUGAGAGGGAGUCAGCAGCAGAGGGGCACGCUGUAGAUCCCAGAGGUGAGAAGGUGCACCUCUUACAGUCAGAGGAGACAUCCGAGAUGGCCUAUGAUUCUGAUUUAGAGCUAAGCGACCAGGUGCACCACUAUGAGACAAGCCGUAGGCAGUCGUAUUGUUAUGACUCCGAUUCAGAUCUAGAAGAUCAUCACCAAGAGCUAGAAAGCAAACAGCAGGCGGACGGCUUCUGUGACGCAGCAGAGACGAACGAGAGCAGAUCAAGAGAAGGCGGGUUGAUGUUAGUUACGGGUCGACAGGAUGAAGAAUAAGACAAAGAAUGAGAAAAAUUUGAUGAAGAAUGAGAAGAAGAUGCAGGUUUUAUGGAAGGUGGAUGGGUUUUUUUGUUGACAGGAAAAUGGAGAGGAUGUUCAGGAGACACACCCCUGAGGAGAGAGGAGGGUGUGUAGGUCUUAAAAUAAAACUCUGUAUGGAGGAUGUGGUAUAGUAUCUUAGCACAAGACAAGAGAGAGGAACAUAUCGUGUUUAUUAACAGAGCAACUGAAAGACAAAGCUGUGAAGCAUACUGCCCGUGCAGAACAUAUCGACAUAUCAAGGGUUAAUGUGCAUUUGUGAGUGGAAAAGCAGGAUUAAGGUGUAGCUUCUUUUUAAAUAAAAUGCAAAAGUAUAUUUAAUACGUUUUUUUAAUUUUUUUUGCAAGACUGACUCAAAUAUACAACUUUGCUUUAACUUGUUUGUGUAAAUCUAUGGUAUUAAAAUAAAAUAAGUAUUAUUGCUCGAGCAUUUGUGCAUGUUUUUGCAUUUUUGCAUUAUUUUGUUAUUUUUGUUUGUGGGACAUUGUGCCCAAAGUAAGAAGUGGGUGUAGUAAUGUUUUGUUGUUGUUGUUUUGAUAGAUAUGACAAAGCUUCCGUUUGUCAAAUUCUUUGGGUCUUCAUGAAAUAAACUGUGAUUUUGUUCUUUUUCGUGUUUAGAUUUUUCUUUUUUUUUUUUUCAUCUAUAUGCCAUUGUUAGAUCUGUUUUGAUAGGAUGGCUGUUUUUAUUGCAUGGCAGUGUACUGGGGGUCACCUGAAUAUGAUGCUUCAAAAAUAAAAGCUU